AUGAAACAGAAUCAUCAGCAGCAGCAGCAAGGAAGGCAACACCACCUGGAGCAGCUGCAGCAGCUGCAGCAACACCAAAAACCAACACAGCUGCAGCAGCAGCAGCAGCAACAGCAGCAGCAGCAGCAGCAGCAGAUGGAGAGGGAGGAUCGUUUGGUGAAUCAUCAUCCUUCCCAUGCUAUUUUUGUGGUGGCAGUUGUCGCGAUCUGA